UGUUGCAAAGUGAAAGAGCGUUUGCAUUCUCGAUUUGAUUGUGGAAAGAUUUGACGUAAUUCUAUUCGACUUAAAUUAGCAUGUCUGGAUUUGUUACGUGUGGGCCGAACGAGGCGUUGGUGGUUUCAGGAUGCUGUCACUCUCAUCCACUAAUGGUGCCUGGUGGCCGUGUAUUUGUGUGGCCUGUAAUGCAAAGAGUUCAGAGAAUUACACUAAAUACAAUGACAUUGACAAUAGAGAGUCCCAAAGUCUACACUCAACAAGGUGUGCCCAUUUCUGUAACUGGCAUUGCUCAGGUUAAAAUACAGGGACAAAAUGCUGAAAUGUUACGAGCUGCAUGUGAGCAGUUUCUUGGGAAGAAAGAAUCAGAAGUCAUGCAUAUUGCGAGAGAAACUUUGGAAGGGCAUCAGCGAGCAAUUAUGGGCACUAUGUCUGUUGAGGAGAUAUAUAAAGAUAGAAAGAAGUUUUCAAAGCAAGUAUUUGAAGUGGCUUCAUCUGAUUUAGUAAAUAUGGGUAUAACUGUGGUUUCAUAUACUAUCAAAGAUAUUAGUGAUGAAGAGGGUUAUCUAAAAGCUUUGGGCAUGGCAAGAACUGCUGAAGUUAAGCGAGACGCUCGAAUAGGGGAAGCUGAAGCUCGGCGAGACUCCCAAAUUAAGGAAGCUAUUGCAGAAGAAGAAAAAAUGGCUGCCAGGUAUCUCAAUGAUACAGAAAUAGCUAAAGCCCAAAGAGACUUUGAGUUAAAAAAGGCCGCAUAUGAUAUGGAAGUCAAUACAAAAAAAGCAGAAUCGGACCUUGCAUACAGCCUGCAAGCAGCUAAAACCCGACAGCGUAUAAAAGAAGAGCAAAUGCAAGUGCAGGUGAUUGAAAGAACACAAGAUAUUCAAGUUCAGGAACAAGAAAUAUUGCGUAAAGAGAGAGAACUUGAAGCAACUGUGAGACGACCAGCUGAAGCUGAGAAAUAUAAAUUAGAAAAGCUGGCUGAAGCAAAUAGAAAUCGUGUGAUCAUGGAGGCUGAAGCUGAAGCAGAAGCUAUAAGGCUGAGAGGAGAAGCUGAAGCAUUUGCAAUUGAAGCUAAAGCAAAGGCUGAAGCUGAACAAAUGGCUAAGAAAGCUGAUGCUUUUAAAGAGUAUAAAGAUGCUGCUAUGGUUGAUAUGUUCUUGGAAACUCUGCCAAAGGUGGCAGCCGAAGUUUCAGCACCUCUCUCUCAGUGUAGAAAAGUUACUAUGGUAUCAUCUGGCAAAAGUGAAAUAGGAGCGAGUAAAUUAACUGGAGAAAUACUGGAUAUUAUUGCCAAAGUGCCACAAGUCGUAAGUCAGUUGACUGGAGUGAAUAUUACGCAUAAAGCAGAUCAAUUCUAGAAAUUCAAUAUUAUGGUGUCAUUAACUUAAAUCAUCAUUGAAGCUUGCUCAAGCAUCUAUGUGAAUGCCUUGUGACUAAAAAUUCAAUUACUUUUAUUUAAAUUUUGAACUCAGCCUAGCUUGAAAGCUGUGUGCUAAUUCGUAACGCUUUGUGACAGUGAAGCAAAAGGAGAAUAUCUUAGAGUUAAAUGUAUCAGUUGUUUUCUUUUAUUUUCAUGUAAAAGCAUUUUUGAAAUUUGUUCUUUCCCAUUCCUGUAAAGAAUUUUGACUUGCUGUUGCAUCUUAUAAAUAGUAAACUCAAGUAUAUUAAGGAGCUACAUUUUUAAAACUAUUUUUGCUUUUUCAUGCAACUUAUUUUUUAUAUAUUUCUUAAACAUUUUUUAAUAUUACGAAAUAUUUUCUCACUUUCCAUAUAUGCACACUGUUUACUGGUUGUAAUAUAAUGUUGAACCUUUAUAUAUUUGUAUAUUAUAUGUAUUUUAAUGUAAUAUUUGUAAUAAAUAGCAUGUUAGAAAGUUAAGGAUUUGGAAAGUUUAUUUUCCAAAACCCAUUCAUAGUUACAUUCAAUUCUGUAAUGGUCUAAAAUUUUCACAAUUCAAGCUUUCUUGUUGGAUUUUUAAGUAAAUUAUUUUAUUGAUCUUGUGUCAUCUAAAAGUGUACUUAAAACGUUGUCAAACAGCUAUUGUGCGACAUAUUUUUGUUUUUGUAAAAAGACCAUAGACUUUUUUAAACACUGUCUAUUUUAUAACAGUGAUCAACUUCCCUCUUCCUCAUGUUAAGGUGAAAAGAGUAGCAAAUUUUAGUUUUCUGAUAGUCUAAUUUUUUACCUUUAAGUUUUUGGUACAUUAGUUUUAUAUGUACUUAUGAAUUAUGAAAAAAAAAUUUAAAUUAAUAAUGCAAAAGAAUAAUAUACCUUUUUUUUUUUACAAGUCAUAUAUUAAGGCAAAAGUGAACUGCUUUAAAGCAACGUUAGCAUAUCAUUCCGUUUGAUUAUUUGUAGUUAUAAAGAACAGUAUGCUUUAGAGUAUUUAUGGGACAAGAUUUUUGUGUCUAUUCUUCUAUUAAAGUGUCUUGUAAUUUUUCCUGGCAGCUAAAUUUGGGUACCCCCCCUUUUUUUUUUUUUUUUUUUUUUUUUUUUUUUUUUUUUGAGAAAAUUGUUUUGGCUUGUUAGCAUGUUAUGUAGACCUUCCGUUAUUAAAUUCAUUUGGUUAUUCACUGAUGUGGACUUAUAUAUGAAGCUGUUAUUGCUCUUGUUUUCUGUGGGAGUUUUCUGCUAUUUGUUGAAAAUUGGGGAAUCUGAUUAUGGGAAAAUAAAAUUAUAGGUACUUAAUUUUAUAUUUUAUUCAAUAAAAAUUGUUCAUUAUUAUAGUGAUAUUGCACAUUUUUUUAGUUUUAUAGCUUGAAGCAGAAGUCUGAACGGUGAAUAAAAUUCAUCCAUCUAGCAUAAAUAUUUGAUAUAGUCACAAAAUUUUAAAAAUCUUUCUUUAAUGCAAAAAUCUAGUGGCACUGAGAGUAUAGUACUCAGAAUCUGAAAAUUGCCUUGUAGUGAUAUAUUUGGAUAUGUCUGAUUACCUUUUGUACUUAACAGAUAAUUAAGUUUUCAUAGUUCAAAACACAUUUUAAAAUGCUUUUAAUAAUUUGAAAUUUUGUUAAUGUAUUUUAUCUUCUAAUGGAAUGUAAGCAAAACUUUUAAAGCUGAACCUCUGAAAUUUGUUGUGUAUCUUGAUAAUGUAGAAUUAGUAUUUUGUUUCAUGUUCAGUUUUUGAAUUUUUAUUUAGCAAAAAUAUUUUAUAAAUCUGAUAAUGCAGAUCUGAUUGUUAAAAACAGUACAAUAUAAAGCUUUUUGGUUUUUUGUAUUUUUUAAUAUUUAUUUCUUUGCUUCAUUUUACAAAUCUGCUAUUUAAAGGAGUAAUUAUGCUAUUUUGGGGGUGGAAAAUUACUUUCUACUUGAAACUAGUAUUAUGGCACAUAUAUAUCUAAAAUUGAAUGUAUUAAAAUACUGUAUUUCCAUGUGUAUAAGUCACCCUAAUUUUUCCUCAAAUUUUAAGAAAAAAAAAAAAAAAAUUCUCCAAGGUUAAACCACAGAUAGCCUGUUUAGCAUCUAUAAUAUUUCGUUUGCAGGUGUGAAAACAGCUAAAAUGAAAAAAGCACUUAUACAAUAAGAGAAAAUUUUUAUCACAUAACAGAAACAUGUUUCUGUGUUUAGUACCUCUUAGUGUCGUUUCUAUCGGUAGUCAGCAACAAUGGGUUUUAUACUCCAUCAUUAAAUACACUACAUAAUGCUUCAUUGCUGCUUCUUUGUAUAUACCUAUUUCUAAUCAUGCUUAUGUAUAAGUUACACCUUGAUUUAAAUUUUUUUAUGGAAAAAAAGCUGGGGUUUAUGCAUGAGAGAAUACAGUAACUGAAAAUGUUUCAUAACUAUAACUGAAUAUUAUAUGCUAUUUUAUAAUAUAUUUUAUCAAAUAUAGAUAAACUUGAUUGCAAAUUUGAUGUAUUUAGAUUUUAAUAUUGAAUGAAGCAUCUGAUAGGUUCAGAAAGUAAUCCUAGAAGAUUCUGAUAUUAAUUUCAAAGGCUACUAAAGGAUUUGUUUCAAAGGAUUUGAUUUAAGUAUUUGAUGAUUUUGAGUAUCAAUAUAUAUCUUUGAUACAAAAAACACAGCACCGCCAUAUUUUUCAAGUGUAGCAUUUUUAUUCAACUUUCUAUGCAAUUUGAUGUAUGGGGACUGUAAUGAUGAAGUAAGGCAAGUUGUCAUAUCAUACUUUGAUUUUAGCAUUAUUGACAGUUUUUAAGCACUUUCAUCUAGAACAGUGAGUAAAUAGUUUAUAGUUUUUAUUAUCUUUUAGACAACUGAACUCCCUCCCCCCCUGUUUUGUGAAAUAAAGGGGCAAAGAAAAUUAAUUCCAAUGUUUUCAAGCUGCUGAAACAGUAAAACUUGAUUGUGUUAUGUGAUGUCCUUAUCUUUGUUUGUAUGUCAUCAAAGAGUAGCAAAAUAUGUUCUAUGUUACGAGCUUAUUUUUCAUUAUAAUUCAAUUCAAACUAUUUGUGUUUAUUUUAAUCAGUGUAUUGUGAUAUUUUGUUCUUUUUUUUUUUUUUUUUUUUUUUUAUGUGCUUUAUCUUGUCUUAAAAUAAUCACUUGUCAAGGAGCUAUUUUUAUAAUUUUAUUAUAUGAAUUUCUUCCUUGGUAUAUGUAAUAAUAUAUACAAGGCAAAUCCUUACCAUCAUUAAUUUGUUUCUAAAAUCAUAUAAAUGUAUGGGAGGAAAUGGAGGAAUUUCAUACACUAAAGCAUGCUAAAUACUUGUAUGCACUCAUCGUCCUUUUAUUUUUUAUAUUUUUGCAUAUAAAAUUUAAAGGCAAUUUUAAAUUAUUUGACCCUUAAACGUUAUAAUGACCAGCAUUUCAUGUUUAAUUUUAAAAUAAUGAAAUUUUGCACAAGUAUUAAAUCUUGGAAAAUAAUUUUUCGUAUAGAAUUGAUCUACAUUAAAAUUAUGUUGUGUUAUUUUAUGUCAUUGUUGUUAGAUGAAAUACUAAAAGGCAAAAUUUAUUUUGCCAUGAAUUUUCAUUUUGAGUUUAUCUGAUGCACCAUGCCUGAAAUCUAGUCAUGUGAGUAGCAAUUGACCUGCUUUUUUUUCAAAUAUUUCUUUUCUUUGUGCCAUGUUCAGUGUAUUUAAUCAUAUUGUGUAUUAUAAUACUUUUGUUAAUCUGCUUUUUUGAUUAAAUUGUGAUAAAUUUAUUUUUAGCCUUUUAAUUAGUUUGCUUUAUUUAAUAAGAUUCUUGUGUUAAUGGCAUUGUAAGAUGUCUUUAUAUGUGAAUCUUCCUGUGUUCGGGAAUCAGCUGGAAAUGAAUUUUAAAAAAAUUAUAAGUCCUAAUUUUUUAAUGAUCUAGUCUUAAAAGUUAUAAAAGCUACUAUUUAAAAAUAUGCUAUCGGCUCUUAAUAUAGCUGUUAUCUUUACACAAAGAAAAUUGCAUCCCCGAAAAAAGUAAGCUUACUACGCUUAUUCCUUCCUUCCUUUUGUCUGAAGAAAAGAUGUCUGAAGAUUUGUCUUCCUUUUGUUUAGAAAGAAAAUCUAUAAUAUCGGUAGAUAUGAUCUUUUGAAUCAGUUUAAUUGAAUUCUUGAAUUUUGUGAUGUAAGUGUAUUUGUUUUUUUGCCUCUGGCUAAGAGUAUAACUCGUAAAUAUUUCAUGUAAAUAAGUAGAAUAUUUCCUUAUUUACUAUUGUAAAAUAUUUCCGGUCAUAUUAAAUUGGAUCUUUUUAAUUAUGCAAGUAAAGGAAAUAGUUUUAUAACUUUUGUGCCAUUAUUAUAAAAAUGUACUGUCUUUUUUUUAUUACUGAGAUCACAUGCGUAUAAAGUACUUUAACUAAAAUACUCCUUUUGUUCAUUUUUUACAUCCUCAGCUGCUUUUAUAUGCCUCAUAUUAGUAAUCUCAUUGUAUUAAGAGUAAUUUUUAUUUCAUGAAAUAAUCUAGGAGCCAUAAUGACUAUAAUUUCUUCGUAUUCUUUUUAAUGCAUUAUUUUUAGAGUUCAUUGAAAUUCUGAACAUUUUUCACUGAUUGCGUAUAAAUAAGAACUGAUAAAAAAUUGCUAUUUUUAUGAUAAAUCCCCCCCAAUGAGAUAAAAGGUUUAUUGUGAGGAUAGGCAGUUUCAGAGUAAGAAACAAGUAAUUUUAUAUAUAUAUAUAUAUCUGUGCAUGUGUGUGUGUAUAAAAUUUACAUUUCAGGUGCUGGUAGUCAGUCAUUUUGUCACGCCCCACUUCCAAUCUGAAAAUUUAUUGGUUUACUACUUAUGUCAAUUUUUUCAAGCAUUGAAUAUAAAAUAUCGAACUUUAUCAUAUACUUUUUAUUUUAAAAUGAACUGGAAUAUAAUGAUUGUAGAUUUUCUUUAUAAAGAAUUUUAUAAGAAUUAGUGAUAGCAUUAAAAAUAAGAUGUUAUAAGUAUUAAAAUUAUUUGAAGCUGAUGUGAAUGAAAUGGGGAAAUUUGAACUAUGUAUUUUGUCUUUUUCCCAUUAUUUGUGAGAAAAUGUAGCAUAUUAAACUACAUUUAUUUAUAUAAAUAUUCUUCUGUAAGGCUGUAAAAUGUAAAUAGAAUAUUUUUAUUAUACUACGUGUUAAAAUUGACUAAUAAUUAGUGUAGUUUAAAUAAUUGUGUCAGUGUUUGACAAAAAUUUCUGCAAUGUUUCUGCAUACAAGACUGUAGGAAAUUUUAGGGGUUCAACUAUUAAAAGAUUUCCAUUAUUAUUUUGUACUUUUUUUUUUAGUUUAUAACUUGAUUAACUUUUCUAGCAUAAACUUAAUUAUUGAUUUACACUAUGAUGAAAUAUGUGAUAAACUUACCUAUUAAAUCUGAUAGAAACAAGCAUAAAUAUUUCUUUAAGUGAACAAAUAAAGUGGCAGAAUAUAACUCUAAAUGAAUUCAAAUAUUCUAUUUAUAUAAAAUAAACAUUAAUUGAUAUUUCAAUUUUUUAAAAUUUUAAAUAUAUUUAAAUGUCAAUUAUUCACUAAAUUUAAUACCAUGAAAUUAAAUGCUGUUCUUUAUUUACUCAAAUUAAUAUCUAUUAAGCAUUUUAUGGGAAAAAUUUGAUUCAUAAAUGAUUAAUGUUUCAUAGAUUGUUACUGUGUUUUUGAGUAUUAACUAGUGUGUAUUUUUGUAUAUCUAUCUAAAAUUAUAUAAAUAAGUAUUGCUUUUGUGGUUGGCACAAUGAAGUGUAUAUAUUUGCUUAACUGAAAUGCAUUUAUGUGCUGUUUGCUUUUUUUGAAGUAUUAUGAAAAUAUUAAUAAAGAGUAUAAAGGAAACUCAAAAAGUACAAAUGUAUUUUGAAUUAUUCAAAAGCAGAGUCAGUUUAAGGGAAAGUGUAAUGUAGCAAUAGGUAAUGUAUAGAUAUAAAACUGUAGUAUCAUAAGAAAAGUAUGUAUUUGAUGUCAUUUGAAUUUAAUAAAAACUUUGACUGUAUUAA